AUGCCCUCUAAAAGCAACAACAACAAUUACACAGACCCUGAACUCCGUCAGGAGGUUAAGGAGGAGGUCCAGCAGAGUGAUAAGGGCGGGAAGCCAGGGCAGUGGUCUGCGCGGAAGGCCCAACUCACCGCCCAAGAAUACAAAUCCCGCGGCGGUGACUACACUACCUCGAAGGACGAGCAAUCGGAGUCUCAGAAGAACCUCUCCAAAUGGGGCGACGAGGAUUGGGUGACGAAGGAAGGGUCUGGAAAGGCUAAGACGGAUGAUAAAGCUGAGGACGGCGGGGCGCGGAAGCGGUAUUUGCCUCGGAAGGCGUGGGAGGAGAUGAGUGAGGGCGAGAAAGAGGCUACUGACAAGAAGAAGCUGGAGGAAGGGAAGAAGGCGGGGAAGCAGUUUGUAGGGAAUACGGAGGGGGCGAAGAGGAAGAGAGGAGAGGUCUCGAAGAGAACCGAGGAGGAGAGGGAGGGAGAUAAGGAGGAAGACGGUGGAGAGCGCGAGGAAGAUGAGGAGGACGAGGAGAAUAAUGAUAAGGAGAAUAAGGGGACAGCUAAGGCAAAAGCAAAGGGCGCAAAGAAGAGUCAAAACGGCGCGAAGAAGAAUACCAAGACAGAGGGCGGAAAGAAAGACGAAAAGGGGGAAGAGGAUAAGGAGGAGAAUGAAGAUGAGGAACUAGGCGAGGACGACGAAGAAUACCAGGACGAAGAGGGCGAGGAUGAGAAUGAGGAGGAUGAGGAGGAAGUGGAAGAAGUGGUAGGCGACGAUGCUGAAGCUGAAGGCGAGACCGGCGAAGCACCUGACAAGAAGAAGCAAAAGACCAACUAA